UCAAUUCUGAUUUAUGUUGAUCUUUUGGAUAGCGUCUUCAACUUUCCUUUUUUGGUUUUUGUUUUGAGACUAGUGUCUUCACUUAGUAUUAACUGUUUUUUGGUUUGAGUUGACUUUUACUUCAUAAGAGAUAUGAAUGAUUUGGUAAAAUAUUCAUAAAUUAACAAAAAAACUUUAUUAAUUCUGGUUUAUUUUGAUUUUUUGGUUGUUAAGGUAGUGCAAAUUUAAUUCAGAACUGUAUCUAUUUUCUCAGGAAGUUUGCCUUUAUUUUAAGGAUAACUGUUCUUCGAUUUGAUUUUAAAAAACCAACAAUAUUUGAUUAUAUUUAUAAAUUAGAAAAUUGACAUAAAUUCAAAAUUUUAAAGAAAAUGCUUUUUUCUACUUUCUCAGAGAAAAGCAGCCUAACGGGUCUGCAACUAUUUGAAGAAUCUAGCUGAACAAAACACUGCGCUUUUGUACAGUUUGUUCCAUACUUAAGACUGAGAAUUUGUAGAAAAGGGAAGGAAACAGUGCUAAUGGAUACGGACAGUACAAGUAGCAGCAGCAGUAGUAAUAGCAAUGGCGUGAUAGUUACUGCAGAUAAAGAAAGAAGGAUGAGAAUAGAGAAUCCUUUUACUUUGAAGGUGGGUCAAGUAUUUACUGGCUUUGGCAUUGGUUGUGGGAUUGGAAUUGGUGUUGGUCGCCCUUUAAAUCUAGGUGCAAUACCAAUGCUAAAUCAAGUUAUGACUGCCACUAGAGGCGCAACGGAUGCAUUUUCUGGAGUUGGAAGACAUGUUAAUAAUUCUUUGAGGAAGGUUGGGGCAAAAGGCAUUGAAGCAGGCAUUGGAUGCGGAGUAGGUUUUGGACAUGGUUUUGGAGUUGGUCUUGCUGUGAAGCGCAGAGUAGUGGAUCAGAUUCAGUUGUUUUUAAUUCAAGCCAUGACUAAAUUAAUGAUGAAGUCUGGAAUGUCGACCGGCUUGUCUGUUGGUCAAGGCAUUCUUCCACCGUCCUUGCAAGCUGGCAUGAGGACAAUCAAUGAAGCCUCUAAUCAGAAUCCACUGGGAAGUGUCAAUUCACUUGAAGUGAAGGUCCCUCAUAGUUCUUCUGUGGGCUUGCUUACAGAUACAAACACAAGUUCUCUCUCUUCUCAUGAAAAUGAAACUUCAAGAACUAAUGUUAGCUCUUCAAAUACAUCAUAUAGCAGUCGAACUGAGAAGGUUCUUAGCAAUUUUCUGCAGAGUCCACUUUUGAAGGAUGAAGGCAGUACAGCAAAUGGGCUGUCGGAACGUUUGAGAUCAGAGAACAACCUUCUUCAUAUUGUGUUGAAACACCAGCAAGUGAUUGACGAGCUCAUGCAGGAAAAUGAAAAGCUUCGCCAGAUACUAGUGAAAGACUUGAAAGUCUCGCCCAGUAAACUCCAUACCAGCUACUCUAAUGGAAGUAAAUUUCCAUGUACUGAAUGUUUUGAGUGCCGUAGAAAACAAAGGAGACGAUGAAUGUAAUUUCUUUUCUUUUUCUUUGUUUUGAUAAGAUGAAUGAAAGGAAUAUCUUAUGGUCUUUUUCUACAUCACCCAAGCAAUGAAACCGAAAAGCUGACCUUCUAUUUU